UCUCUUCUCCUGCUUUCGUUAAUUCUUGAAUUCGAAAACCCUAACUUAUUCUUAGCAAUUGAGCAAGCAAAGCAAAGGAAGGCUUUUUUCUUCAGGUUCCCAUUUGUUGUACGGCUAAACGUGACACAAGUGUCAGGAGAAUCUAUGAGUAUUCAAAGCAUGUCUGUUGGAGGAAGCUCAUGAAUUCUGGUGAAAGAGACCAGAUAAUUAUAAAUAGUUUAUAGGAGCUGAAUCUAUGCCUGGAAACGAAUUUGGGGAGAAGAUCCACAAUUUCUUUGGACAAGAAGGCCUCUCCCAAGACCAAAAUCAGUCUCAGGUUGUUGACGGAAGCUGGUCGAAUUAUAAUAAUGGUCUACUCGGUAACCAGAGCCAGAUAGACCCAUCCCUUAUUGCCAAUCUGAAGAGUUAUAACACACAACAAUCUGUUGAUCAUGAGAGAGGUCAUCAAUCUUCAAAAUCACAGCAUGGUUUGAAUUAUACUCAGCAGCCUAUAAGGUCCGAGUUCUCGAGAAGUUUAUUGCAAGAACACCAGCAACUCUCAAAUGGUUACACGCAUGGCAACCUUGGGUUGCAGACAAUGCCGAAUGGGGCAAAUUUUUUGGGAGUUAAUGUAGAAUCUAGUAGGGAUAGUUUAUCAGCAAGGGGAUUUACUCCAGAACUUCAUAAAAUUCCUAUGAGCCUUGAGAUGGGAGAAUCUCCAGUUAAUUAUGAUUUCUUUGGUGGUCAACAACAAUCAAACACACAGCUCCCUGGCAUGCUCCAGCCUUUGCCAAGGCAGCAGAUGACAUUCAAUGAUAUGCAACUACUGAAGCAGCAAGUUAUGGUUAAGCAAAUGCAUGAAUAUCAAAUGCAACAACAACUUCAUAGGCAACAGCUAGGGGCCAGGCAGCUCAAUUCUUUGAAUAUAAAUGCAGUCAAUGGAAGUCGCUCAAGUGAUAACCAAUCACAUAUGAUCAAUGGCAUCCCUCUUCAAGAUGCAUCUAGUAACUGGUUGCAGCCAGAUCUCAUGACAGGAAAUACAAACUGGAUGCAUCGCGGCAUCUCGCCAGUUGUUCAAGGUUCAUCCAGUGGGCUCAUGAUUACCCCUGAGCAUGGGCAGUCGAACUUAAUGGCUCAACAAUUUGGACCUUCCUUGUACGGUAUGCCUGUUAGUGGGACAAAUGUAGCUCAAAAUGCUUUUUCUUCCGUUCAGAUGAACAGGUUAGCUGCACCGCAUGGUUCUGCAAACAGUAGUUACUCUCUCACUAAUCAGCCAACGUCAUUUCUCAAUCAAGGUGGCAUACAGGAUAGUCAAAUGCUCCCUAGAUCCACAUACCAGGAGAAAGCGUUGUUCUCCCAGGCAUCAGUGCCAGAUUCAAAUAAUAGGCCCAGUUUUGAAAAUUUCCAGCAAGAUGAUUCCCGUGAGAGGAACAUUUCAGCGCAGGAGAAAUUUUGUCAGAUGAAGGAUUCUGGUCCAUCAGAAAAAAUAUUUAUGAAAGUGCCUGAAAAUAUAAAUGCAUUGCAGAAGUCGUCAACAUUAGAUCCAACUGAAGAAAAGAUCUUGUUUGGUUCUGAUGACAAUUUGUGGGAUGCAUUUGGAAGCAGCACUGAUAUGAGCUUGCAAGGAAAUCUUAUGUCCAGUAGUUCUGACCCAUUUGAUACAUGCCCCUCUUUGCAAAGUGGGAGUUGGAGCGCCCUUAUGCAAUCUGCUGUAGCAGAAACAUCCAGCGAAGAUGCAGUUGUACAUGGAUGGGUUAACAACAAUACUGUCCCACAUGCGAAUUCUCAUACUGAUAGUAGAGCCCAAAGUGAUUCAAAGGCUUCAAAUGCACUAAGUGAGAGAUUCCACAGUGAUUCCACUCGGGCAGCUGUUCAGCAUUUGCCUGACAAGGGAAAUAAAUUUUCAGAUCAUGGCCUGUUGGAGAAGCCGAUGGCUCAACUUAGUCAAAUGGCUGGUAAUAUAUUCCAUUCUUCAAGUAUUGAUGAACAGAAUAAUUUGUGUUCUAUGCGACAGAAUGAGGGCAUUGAAGAUAGAUUUGGUAUUUGGAAAGCUGCUUCUAAUCCAAAUGUAGCUGCUCUGAUUGAACAGAAGAAUCAUUUCACACAAAAUCCACAAAGGGCAAGCUAUGGAUUUGGCAUUGCCAGUGCAGAAAACGAUUCUAGUGCUUCUAGGGAUGUCCAGGCCAGUAGCCAACAACAUUUGGAUAAUAACUCUGUGGAGAAGGCUAUCCCUCAACUGAAAUCUAGAGAUGGCAGUCAGAUUCUUGAGUCAUAUGCAAGUAAUAAUGCUGGAACAAAUGAAAUGGUAAAUACCCGUGAUUUUUCUAUGUUGCCUGGGGGAAAAGACACACAAUCUGGUCAUGUCGGUAGUAGGCGCUCGAUAAGUCGCAAAUUUCAGUAUCAUCCGAUGGGUAAUAUCGAUGUCACUAAUGAGUCUUGUCAAGAAAAAGUUUCUCAUUUGCCACCCACAUUGGAGCAGGUUUCUGUAGGGAACCAAGGGUAUUUUGGGCAGUCAAAGUUUCUUGGUCAGUCGGCUAUGAACAUGCCAAUUGACAGGGGACAUGUUUCACAAAACGACUUGAAUUGCACAAAUGAGGCUUUUAAUGGCAUUGGUUCAAAAAACUCACCUAGUACAUCUGCUUCAGCUGACAGAAGUGUUGAUAGGUGUAAUCAAGUGAAGAGUGCUUCGUCAAGGCAAACUAUGCUUGAGCUUCUUCACAAGGUGGACCAGUCGCCAGAGAAUUCCUCGGAAACAAAUAUUUCUGGGAUUCCUGAAGCAAAUACCUCUGCAGACUAUGGUGGUCAAUUUCGGCAUAAUCAGUCAUAUGCUUCUCAGGGGUUUAAUUUACAGUUGGCACCUCCAUCUCAACUAGCUCCCUCACCUGAUAACGUGCAAUUUUCUCAGAAUUCUUUGCAGCCAUUAAAUUCAUUUCAUACUGGCCCUGAAAAAGGAGGAACAAGUCAGUCCAGGUUUGCUCCGUGGGCAUCUAAUCAAUCUUUUCAGCAAUCCACUCAUCAAGGACCAUUUCCUGGAAUUCUAGGAGGAUCAAACAUGACCUCUGGUUUCCCUUAUUCCAGAGGGUAUCACCAAAAUCAACAGAUUCCUGUUGCUACCCGACAAUCAGCUGCUAAUAAUUCAGUCAAUUCAUCUUCUGAGUUGUCUACCCCUCAAGUGAAAGAAAGAAAGGAAAGUAGUGACUUUGAUCAACGUGGACAUUCAGCACAAACACCUUCCCUACUCAAUCCUACAACCCACAACAAAAAAGGAGAUUCUUCUGAAGGAUUUCGUAUGCUCUCUGCUUCUCAGCCUCUGGUUGCAUCCAGCUCGACUCAGCAGAGUUCCUCUUUUGGUAUGAUGUCUGACUCACCAGCCGGUAUUUCAGCACCUCAACAUCGGUUUUGGAACCAGUCAUCUAAGCCUCAGCCAGAUAUUUUAAGGCCGCAUCCAUUGCCCAGCAACAACAUGGCAGCUAGCUUCUCAAGGCAGGAGAAGACAAACCAAUUAUCCUCCCAAAAUGGAGACAUGUCAUUAAGUGGGAGGGACAUGGUGAAUAUGCAUGGGUUACAGAGUAAAGAUAUGGGUGCAAAACAAACAUCUAAUGUUGCUUCAAUGUUCUCCAAAAUGGUGCAGAGCAGUCAUCAAUCCUUUGAUCGCUCUCUUCCUCCAAGCAACGUUCCAAAGGAAAGCUUACAUCACGAUGAACAAAUGGUUGGAAGUGGGGAGGGCGAUACAUCCAAGAUGACUGUUGAUGAUAGUGCUUUUGAUCCUCAAGAGGUAGCUCACAAAGGGGAGCAACAAUCACCUUCAAGAUCUGAUGGUUUAGUUAGAGGUGGAUUGAAUAACAAGGAGUCAGCGAAUCACAUGCCGCAUUUAGGCCAACCUGUUUCUCAGAGUUUCUCCUCUAAGAAUCAUGCAGCCUCGGCUGGAGCAGAUCAUCAACAAAUCAGUCCUCAGAUGGCUCCAUCCUGGUAUAGUCAAUAUGGGACUUUCAAGAAUGGACUGGUGCAACCCAUGAAUGAUACAGGGAUAUUUACCCCUUUGAAAAUAGGAGAACAAUCGUCUAAUGUUGAGAGUUCGGUUGAUGGUACACAUACUGUUCAAUCGUCGAAGCAGUGUAAUAUGCAGCAAAUGUCAGGCUUCGCACCAGGAGUUGAGACUCCCUCAUCCGAGUCAUUGCUUCAUGGUGCUACUGACAAGCUUUUGAAGGUUGAUAAACCAAAGAAGCGCAAAACUGCCACAUCAGAACUUCAAUCUUGGAAUAAAGAAGUCACGCAGGAUUCCCAGAGGCUUAAGACGCUCAGCGAGGCAGAGAUUAAUUGGGCCAGAGCAACUAAUCGAUUUGCUGAAAAAGUGGAAUUUGAGACUUUACUGGAGGAUGGCCCACCAAUCAGAUCAAAGAGAAGGCUUAUACAUACAUCACAACUCAUGCAGCAACUAUUUAGCCCGCCUCCAGCUGGGGUAAUAUCUUUAGCUGCGAGCUCAAACUAUGAGUUUGUUGCAUAUUCUGCAGCAAGAGGUGCACUAGGAGAUGCAUGUAGCUCCAGUUGUAUAGACAGGAGUGAGCGCUUUUUGCCCCCAAACAAUUCAAACCCGUGGUUGUCUGAGACAACGAAAACUGAAAAAAUCAGUGACCAGUACAUCUCCAAAGCAGCUGAAGAUUUCAUUAGUAGAACACAGAAACUAGAGACUGACUUUGCAGGGCUAGAAAAUGGAACUACAAUUCCAGACUUGAGAGUUGAAGUCCAGGAUCUAGAGAAGUUUGCAGUGAUAAAUCGUUUUGCGAAGUUCCACCCACCAUCUUCAUCUAUGGACCGGACCGUGAAUUCACUUAGGUUAAACUCACAAAGAUAUGUUACCGUAGCUCCAAUGCCUCAGAAUAUUCCAGACAGGGUACAAUGUCUCUCUCUCUAACUAUUGAUGGAUCCAUAUAAUUCACUUUUUGGCCAAUCUUCCCCAUUCUUUGCUUUCAUAUAUUUCUUGCCCCAAAUCUUUCUAUUUUUGGGUGGGUAUGAGUUAGUUGGUCGGAAUCCUGAGAACAGUAAAGGCCUCCGUUGUCAAAAAGCGGGAGAUCCUCUACUAAAUAUGUAGCAUUACUGUAUGCAUCAUCACAAACAUUGUAAGUUAAAUCCAUUUGUAUACUUUAGUAAAGAAAUAUCGUUCAGUACAGUAACCCCA